AUGAACCUAUUUCUAAGCACUGACUCCAACCGUUUCGUGCCACUCAUCAACGGCUACUUCAAUUUCUAUGUCCUCUUUGGUCUCAUUUUCCAACUAUUUCUCAUUUUUCUAAUCAUCACCAAAUCACCACACAAUCUGAAAGACCUGAAGAUGUUUCUAUACAAUACGACUUGGUGUCAGAUAGCAAACAUUCUGGCCGCUUAUUUUAUACAAUACCGGGCGUUACCCAACUCGACGACGAUGGCGGUUCUGGCAUCGGGGUUUUGUAGGAAGUUCGGACCGGAUGUGUGCUUUUCAACAUAUCAUAUAUUUGUGGGCAUCAGUUCAAGUGUCGCCAUGUCCAUCUCAGCCACGGUGGUUUUUCGAUAUUCGCUGAUAAAGAAUUGGAGAAUGAGCAAAAAUGCGUUACUUUUAUUAAUUGUCUCUAGUCAUAUUCCUCCGAUUAUAGCUACGAUAAUCCCGUUCACUGCUCCUUGGGAUUUCGAAAAAGUGCGUAUCCAGUCAAUUCAAGAACACCCAUCCCAUAAUUUAUCAAUUUAUAUUCCAUUUUCUGGAUUCUCAGACACCACUUCAUUUCGAUUCUUAUUUGUAACUGCUGCAAUCGCUGUUGGUGCUUAUGGAGUUCCCCUCGUAUCGGUUUUUAUAAUUAGAAAAAUUUUGGACCUCACAAAAGCGCAUUCAAAAUUGUCGAAUAAUACAAAAAGGCACACGAGGAUUCUGAUGAAAGGUUUGGCUUGCCAAGCUUUGCUCCCCUUGAUCUCGUAUUUUCCCAUCAUUACGAUGUAUUUGAUCACACAAUUUACAGCAGAGGAAUUUUUAAUAACAGAACACCUUCUAAACGUGAUGACGUGUUUCCCAGCGCUCAUCGAUCCAUUCAUCUCAUUCUAUUUCAUCGUUCCAUAUCGUAAUGCAAUUCUCCGAUUCGUUCGUCCAAAAUCCCAUUCCACGAUAGCCGAUGUGUCAACUUAUGUGCCUCCAGGAGUCUCCUUUCGCCAUUCGAGCACAUUACAUGAAUGA